AUUAUCCAAACAACUGACGGGAUUAUAAAAGUCGUGGGCUGAACCAAGUUAUCAACUUCCCCCAAAUAUCUUGCUCGAGUCAAAUCUUUACUACUUCCUUCCGUCUUUUUCUCUCUCCUAACUCUCUCUUCUUCACCUGCAAUUUUCCCCAAAUAUACCUCAGAUUUUCAGCUUCAUUUCAUUCUAAAAGGUAAACCAUUUGUCUUCUGCUUUAGCAGUGUGUAAGAACCAGCACAUCAUAUUCUCUCUGAAGUUGUUGUUUUGAACAAAAGGCUUAUUUUAUUAGUCUUUCCUCCCUCAAUUUUCUUUCAAAAGGUCGGAUUGCGCAAUACUAGAUGCAAACAUCUCAGCAUAACUACGCUACUAGUAAAUUACACGGGUUCCUUUACCAGCAUGCUCCUGACAUGACACCUUAUCACUCAUCCCAUUAUCAAGUGAUGGACAAUAACAUGUUCCCUGGUAACCCUAGUCAGGAAAACCAGAUAUCUUUCCAAACCUUCGGUGAAGAGUAUUUCACAUUAGACUCUGCUCCAAGUUCUGGCCUUUAUAACAUCUAUGACUCACCAUCUGCUACAUCUGCUGUCAGCACCUCAUCGAACAGAAGUCAGUUUUCUCCACAGGGUUCUCAGUCAUACAUUUCAGACCCUCCUCAGUCUUCCGACAACACAUAUGGUUCCCCAAUGAGUAACUCCUCUGUUGUGGACGACAAUACUGAGCUAAGGAACCAACUUAGAGAACUGGAGCGGUCUCUUAUGGGGCCUGAUUCACCACGCAUGGCAGAUGAACACUAUUGCUCUUUGAGCCAUGGGAGUAAUCAUGUAGCCUCAUCAAACCAACUGAUGGAGAUGCUCCCUAGAAUGGAUCUCAAACAAAUACUGUAUUUAUGUGCACAAGCAGUCUCAGAGAAGGAUUUCUCAACUUCAGAAACCUUAAUGGAAGCUUUAGAUAAGAUGGUGUCAGUAUGUGGUACGCCAACCCAAAGGUUAGCUGCGUACAUGCUUGAAGGGCUUAGAGCAAGGCUGGAAUCCUCAGGCUACACUAUCUACAAGAAGCUAAGAUGCGAGCAGCCAACAGGAUCUGAGAUUCUCUCCUACAUGCAUGUUUUGUAUCAGUUUUGCCCUUAUUUCAAAUUUGCAUACAUGUCUGCGAAUCUUACCAUCCAAGAAGCAGUGGGUAAUGAGAGGAGCAUCCAUAUCAUUGAUUUCCAAAUUGGGAUGGGGACGCAAUGGAUAUCGUUAAUCCAAUCUCUUGCUAAUCGGCCUGGUGGGCCCCCAUUUGUUCGUAUUACCGGAGUUGAUGACUCUCAAUCGGCCUAUGCUCGGGGAACAGGACUCGAAGUUGUAGGAAAGAGAUUGUCAAUGGAGGCUAAAAAAUGUAAUCUACCUUUUGAAUUCCAUGCUGCAGCAAUGUCAGGUUGCCAAGUUCAAAGAGAGAACUUAAACAUUCUCCCUGGGGAAGCUUUGGCUGUGAAUUUCCCCUACAUGUUACAUCACAUGCCGGAUGAAAGCGUGAGCACUGCAAACCAUCGGGACCGCUUGUUAAGGCUAGUUAAGAGCUUGUCACCUCAAGUAGUCACUGUAGUUGAGCAAGAGUCAAAUACCAACACUUCUCCCUUUCUCCAACGGUUUGGCGAGACUUGGGAUUACUACACUGCUAUAUAUGAGUCAGUUGACGUGGCUCUCGCUAGGGAUGACAAGAAGAGGAUAAAUGCAGAGAUGCAUUGUCUUGCACGUGACAUUGUUAACAUGAUAGCAUGCGAGGGUGCAGAAAGGGUAGAAAGGCACGAGCCUUUUGGAAAAUGGAGGGCGAGGAUGAGCAUGGCAGGUUUUACUCAAUUGCCCUUGAGUUACACAGUGAAUGAUGGAGUCCGGGGUUUGAUGAAGGAAUUUCAUGAGAAUUUCAGGCUGCAAGAGUGGCACGGAUCACUGUUUCUGGGUUGGAAGAAUCGUGUUCUGUCAUCAUCCUCUGCAUGGAGGUGAGGAAGACCGAAGACCAAUAUUGUAUCGCUGAUCCAACAAAUGGCUCACAGUCUUGUAAAGUUAUGUUCUCCUCUCCUUUAGUCCUUGACCAUCUCAAAUUUUGCUUCUCUAGUGGGAAUAUGGGAUAGGAGUUCUGGUGCCUGUUUGCAGUUUUAUCAGUAGGGUGACAAUUAACAGCUUUGGGUUUGUUUGUGCAACACUAAUCUGUCUUUACUUUACCAAAAACAUGUUAGACAAACAAUUGAUUCGGGGCCAUAGUUUCGUUUUAGUUUGUAGAAAUGCUACUGUUAGUAAUUGUAUAAUGUGUGGCAAUUGGAAGUUCUGGGUAUGUUUGGUCACACCUUGUAUUUUCAACUGAAUAUAAUGUAGGCCCACACCAACUAAACAAGCUUUAUAAUUUCAAAAUUGAUAAUCACCUUGUUUUAAUUUCCA